AUGUCGUCUUCGUCCUCAGAGUCCAGCAUCUUCAAGCCCCCACUGCCGGGCAACAAGCCCUCUGCACCAACUGUGGUGCCGAUGGCUGAGCAGCGCCCAGCGCUUCCGCAGCGGCCUCGAGGUGACUCGGUCAGCGGGGUAACGAUUCCAACUUCUGGAACACCGCCUCCUCGUCGACCUGCUCGCCAGGCAACCGUCCACUCGGUGCCUACCUCAGCGUACUCCUCCCCACCCCCCUCACAUCGCCAGCGGGGAGCGUCUAUUUCUGUUGAGCCAGGUUAUGACCCGCCACCGCCCCCACCGCUGCGUACAGCUGGUCAUUCGUCUGCCGCAGGCCUUGGCCGCGCCAACACGGUCUCGGCGGCGUCAAGAUUGGAUGUACGGCGCAUGAAUGGGGGUUCAGCUUCACCGGGGCGCACCACUUCCGGCGCCGAUAGCGACUAUGACGAAGAUGAAGGUCCUGCCCCCGCGCUGUCUUCUACGGCGCAGCGUCUAUUGGAAGAGCACCCCGACUCGACCUAUGCGAACAAAACGGCCCCUGUGUACGGCAAGAGGAGCACGACGGUCCGUCCUCCACACAGUAUCACAUCAUUCGCGGUGUAUAGUCAAUAUGUGGCAGUAGGCCACAGCCACGUCUUGGUGUACGACGUCACAAAAUCCAACGACCCCAUCCUAGACAUGGAUCAGAAGGAAGACACCGGUUUCGAGCUUCGCGUCAAAGAGCCGCGAAUUACUGCCCUCGGAUUCCGUCCCUCGCGUGAUCCCACUUGCGAAGGGCGGUAUCUCUGGUGCGGUAAUAAGGACGGCCAUCUCUGGGAGAUCGACAUCGAGUUUGGGCGCGUCACAGCGACAAAGCCCGGUGCCCACUCCUCGGCAGUCUCCCACAUUAUGCGCCACGAGUAUUACAUCCUCACGCUUGAUGACACCGGAAAGCUGAAUGUGUGGGAGGUUCCCGAGCCAUGUGACAAGGGCGAAGCGGGCAACUUCCGUUUAUUCCGCACCAUGCGCGUUUCUGACCGCGUGACGUUUGCGAAGAUGAUCAAGGGCAAGCUCUGGACGGCAACGGCACCGACUGUGCGCUCUGCGACGACCACUGCUGGUGUACGCGGCCCGACGGUCCGCGUGUACGAGCCAUUUGUGCUUGGAAACGCACCGCCACCACGUACCAACCUCACUCCAGAGUGGACGGGAUCUGCAACGUCCGCGACUGUUGUUCCUUUCAAGUCUGAUCUCGUAUACAUCGGACACGAGGGAGGGUUUGUGUCACUCUGGCAACUCGCUGGCACUGAGUUGCACUGCGUGCAGGUUCUCAAGGUGUCGACGACAGAUAUUCUUGCGCUGGAAGGAGUAGGAGACCACCUAUGGGCAGGGAAUCGUCGAGGGCAGAUUCACGUCUGGAACAUUGAUCAGCAGCCGUGGACGACCAGCAACCUUUGGACGGUUGCGAAGGAUGAUCCCAUCCGCGCGCUACUGGUUGACCCUCGCGCUAUUCCUCUGCAGAAACGGCUUCCCCUCUGGUCCGUAACCCGCGACACGAUGUCCUCGUGGGACGGUCUACGUGCGGUCAAUUGGAUCGAGAAGCGCAUGAUUGAGCGCCAGCCCGACUACUGCACCUUCCGCGACGUCAAGGUCCUCGUCGUGUCAUGGAAUAUUGACAGCGCCAAGCCGUCUGACUUGUCUUCUGGAGGCAUCGACAAUGUCAACUUUCUUUCGCAGGUUCUCGGUUCCGUCGAAUCACCCGACAUCGUCGUCUUUGGAUUCCAGGAGGUCGUACCCCUCACAGACAAGAAGCUUACUGCCAAAACACUCUUGUUUGGGAGCAAGGGCAAGGACGGAGGCGGUGCUACCAAUGAGCGCGUCUCUGGAGCCUACCGCGCGUGGGCGGACAAGCUCACCUCUGCGAUCCAACUCAACAUUCCCGGGGCCGAGUACAUGAAACUGCAUUCCGAGCAGCUUGUCGGGCUCUUCACGUGUGUGUUUACCAAGAACGAGGAGAUGCUUCAACAAACCAUCAAGGACGUCGUAAUCACGACUGUGAAGCGCGGCAUCGGCGGUAUCUACGGAAACAAGGGCGCAAUCGUCGCGCGCAUGGUUUUGGACGACACGUCGCUGUGCUUCAUUAAUGUGCACCUGGCUGCCGGGCAGCGGCACAAAGCGGCGCGCAAUGCCGAUCUCGCGGCGAUCAUGGAGAACAAAGACAUUUUCCCAAAGAGCGCGCCGCAGUGGUUUGUACAUGGCGGAAACGGCGAAGCAAUCCUCGAUCACGAGAUGGUCGUGCUCAACGGCGACUUGAACUACCGUAUCGACCAGCGCCGCCAGGUAGUUGAGAGCAGCAUUCUCUCAGGCGACCUCAACUAUUUGCUCGAGUACGACCAGCUGCGCGCCGAGAUGCGCGGCAAUCAUGCCUUCCGCUUGCGCACCUUCGCCGAGGCACCAAUCACGUUCGCACCGACGUACAAGUACGACCCGGGGACGAACGAGUACGACUCGAGCGAGAAGCGGCGCAUCCCGGCGUGGUGCGACCGCGUUCUGUUCACCAAGUCGCCGCGCAUCUCGUCGAUCAGCUACCGUCGGUACGAAGUAAACGUGAGCGAUCACCGGCCGGUAAGCGCUGGACUGGUGUGCCAGGUCAAGAGCAUCGACCCGGUGCGGUGCGCCAUUGUGCGUUCUGAGAUCGAGGCGGCGUGGAAGGUGUACCAGGAGGAGCGGUUGGAGACGAUGGCGAAAACGUACGCGGGGUGGUACUAG